CUGCGGGCAGGGAGGGGGGGGCACCCCCGGGGGGGGGCGGAGGUUGGGGGGGGGGUCCCGGGGGUCUCGGGGUGAUGGUGGAGCCCUGAGGCGGCGAUGGAGUUCAACCGGGAGGAGUUCCGGAGGCAGCUGGGCGCCGGGCUGGGCCGCCUGCACCGGCUCCUGGAGCGGCGGCAGGACGAGGCCGAGAGCCUGGAGCUGAGCUCGGCGGGCGGCCCCGGCGCUGCCCCCGGCGCCGCGCGGCCGCCGGUGCUGGACUGCACCUUCUGCGGGCUGCCCCGGCGCUACGGCAUCGCCAUCCUCUGCGGCAUCGGCUUCUGCAUCAGCUUCGGCAUCCGCUGCAACCUCGGCGUGGCCGUGGUCAGCAUGGUCAACCCCGCCCACGGGCAGCGCGCCGAGUUCAACUGGGACCCCGAGACCGUGGGGAUGAUCCACGGCUCCUUCUUCUGGGGCUACAUCGUCACGCAGAUCCCCGGCGGCUUCAUCGCCCAGAAAUUCGCCGCCAACAGGGUGUUCGGGCUGGCCAUCGUGUCCACCUCGGUGCUGAACAUGCUGAUCCCGUCGGCCGCGCGCACCCACGUGGGCUGCGUCAUCGCAGUGCGCGUCAUGCAGGGCCUGGUCGAGGGCGUGACCUACCCCGCCUGUCACGGCAUCUGGAGCAAGUGGGCGCCGCCCCUGGAGCGGAGCCGCCUGGCCACCACGGCCUUCUGCGGCUCGUACGCGGGGGCCGUGGUGGCCAUGCCCCUGGCCGGGGUCCUGGUGCAGUACACGGGCUGGAGCUCCGUGUUCUACGUCUACGGCAGUUUCGGGGUGCUCUGGUACCUCUUCUGGGUGCUGGUGUCCUACGAGAGCCCGGCCCAGCACCCCACGAUCUCCCCCGAGGAGCGCAAGUACAUCGAGGAGAGCAUCGGCGAGAGCGUGGGCAGCAACCCGCUGCUGCUGGACCUUCUACCUGCUGCUCAUCAGCCAGCCCGCCUACUUCGAGGAGGUCUUCGGCUUCGAGAUCAGCAAGGUGGGUUUGCUGUCGGCGCUGCCCCACCUGGUGAUGACCAUCGUGGUGCCCAUCGGGGGGCAGAUCGCCGACUUCCUGCGCUCGCGCGGCCUCAUGUCCACCACCAACGUGCGCAAGAUGAUGAACUGCGGCGGGUUCGGCAUGGAGGCCACGCUGCUGCUGGUCGUGGGCUACUCGCACUCGCGCGCCGUGGCCAUCUCCUUCCUGGUGCUGGCCGUGGGCUUCAGCGGCUUCGCCAUCUCGGGGUUCAACGUGAACCACCUGGACAUCGCGCCGCGCUACGCCAGUGUCCUGAUGGGGCUGAGCAACGGCGUGGGGACACUGUCUGGCAUGGUGUGUCCCCUGAUCGUGGGGGCCCUGACCCGCCACAAGACGCGCGAGGAGUGGCAGUGGGUGUUCCUGAUCGCCGCGCUCGUGCACUACGGGGGCGUGGCCUUCUACGGCGUCUUCGCUUCCGGGGAGCCGCAGCCGUGGGCGGAGCCUCCGCGCGAGGAGGCGGAGCCACUGGCGCCGGGGGGCGUGGCCAGCGACGAGGAGGAGGAGGAGGAGGAGGAAGGGGAGGGGGGAGGGGCGGGGGGGGGACCCCCGGGAGGGCCCCCCGCCAGCUACGGGGCCACCGGCACCACCCCGGCCCCCGGGACCGCCCCGGGGUGAGCGGGGGUGGGGCCCAGGAACAGCCCCGCCCCCAAGGGGGACCCCCCAAAAGGGACCCCCAAGACCCCCAAAGGGACCCCAGGGACCCCCCAAGGGACCCCAGGGAGCCCCGAGACCCCCCAAGGGACCCCACAAGACCCCCAGGGACCCCCAAGCCCCCCCUGCUGUACAGAUAUAAAUAUAAAUACGGAUAAACACCGAGAGCGGCC